AUGUUUGAUUCUCUACCUGCAGAUUAUUUAUCUCCACGGUUCGUUCCUUCGCCAUCCUACCAGUCAGCCGUACUCGAUUUUCAACAUAACAUGAAUGAUGGUUACAUAAACGACGAAGCCUGUUUAGAUAAACCAAACAUGUCACUCAGCCCGCUACCAUCCACGUCCCCAAAUUUCCCUUCAAACAUGUCAUUAAGUUCGUCUCCGAAUACGCCACUGAACGCACUUCGAAACACAUUACCAUCAAGCGAAGAAUCUCCCGUGUCACCAUCAAUUUUAACGACAAAUGAUACCGUAGAAAAUAGUGCUGGUCAAGUAGCAGAAAACGUGCAAGGAAAAUUUUCAGAGAAUGACCCCAAUAAUUAUAAUAUGAGUGAAGGAAGGAAAAGAAGAAAGAAAGCUGAGCCGGCUAAAUGGAAGAGAAACAUUAUUAAAAAACUGCGAGUGGAAGGAAAAGUUGGAAAAGCUGUUGUAUAUAGCAAGAGAAGAACGAAUAAUGAAGCCAACAUGUUCUAG